AUGAUGGGUGACCAGUCAGUGAAUAAUAAUGCAGGAUGGAGCAUCCCACAGGCAGCACUCCCUGGUGGUGAGGUGGAAGCUAGUGAUACAAUCACUGAAGCACCACAGAACAAGAUAGAGGAUGAGACAAGUACGGAGCUUUUGAAUAUUGAUACCAGACCAAAUGGAACUCUGAUUGUGAGAUCGCAAUUUGAGGGUUAUUCCCUCCAAGGGCAUGAACUCAAGGAUAUGUCGCUACUGGCAUUCAUUACUGACAUGUAUGAAAUGAACACUUGUCAAGAUAGAAGGAGGAAAGGACAUACAGACAAUACUUCUGGAAUGGCAUCAAAAUGUGGUCAUCCUGCAAACUUUAGGAGUCAAUACUUGGACUCGCACCAAAGCCAUGAUACAAAAAUUAGGGUCAUUUGUUCUUCUGGGCAUCAAACUAUAGUGAUCAUUAUUGGGAAAUGGUUCCCUUGGGGCAAUGAUCUAGAUUCCACUGACAGCCAUCAUGCCUCAAUGCUCUGUCUCCUCAAGCCCUGGAGGGGACUGUCAAUGUUGAAGUCACAAGGAGAGACAUGGACAUCAGCAUAUGAAAAUUUCCUGAAUUUGGAGGGAUCACACCGUCAUCUGGCAGUUGUCAGGCUGGAAUCUCCAUCACAACCCGCUCUAUCGGGUUCCCCCAUUGAAACCGACCCUCUCCCUUUCGGUCUCAGCUCCAGUGAGAGCUCCGGAUUCCUUGACCUAGAGACCGAGCAGCUUGGUACUCUGACAGCAGCCAUAAUUGGAAAUGCGCAGUUCUAUUAUGACUGCAAGGAUGCCGCAACGCACCAAAAAGCAAACAGUGUCUACUCUGGCUCCCAACUGGAUGUGGAUCAUAGUGAUGAGGAAGUGGAGGAAGUGGAGGGUGGAGGGGCUGAGAAAGGGGAUUCAGACUGGUCCAAAGCCAGCCUGGAGAAGAUCCUGAGAGAUAGAAGCAGGAUGUGCGAAGUCCUUCAUGGUGAACACACUGUCAAAUGCAUGAAAUCAGCACAUAUUUUCAAUUCAGCAAGUACAUGGCAAGCAGAUGUUCUCCCAUCAUCGAUCACUUGCUGGGACAUCGAGAAACUUGCAUCAUAG